AUGCCGCCUGUGAGAAGGCAGGCAAUUACCAUUGCAGAGAAAAAGGCCAUACGAAAUUUUUACAACGGAUUUGAAAGUAAACCUGGACAAAAAGCAAUAAAAGAAUGGUUUGAAGAUACGUUUCAAAAAAACAUCUCGCAAGCUACUAUAUCGACAGUAUUGUCUUUGAAAUAUGAUUACUUGGAUCAUACUGACAUUGUCAAUGAAGGAGCAGUAAAGCUGCGGCCUGCAAAAUUUCCAGUCUUGGAGAAUGCGUUAGCUGAAUGGCGACUACGAAUGGAACAACAAAAUGUGUCUGUGAGUAGUGAGUCUAUACGGCAUGCAGCGAUGGAACUGUGGAAAGAAAUACCUGUCUAUCAAAAUCAACCACCCCCUGCAUUUAGUAAUGGUUGGCUAGAGAAAUUUAAAAAGCGACAUCCUUUCCUAACCCAAAAAGAAGUCUUCACCACUACUUCUUCGCAAUUAUCGCCGCAAGAAGUAUUGCGUCCUGUCAGUCUUCAGCAAGUAUCCCAUAAUUCAUUAGAGUCUGCUGAAUCUUCUUCCCAUACGCAUACCCAAAACCAUCUUCCUCUACCCAAUAGGCCGCCUAUUCUCGACGACACUGGAUCGCAGCCGGUUAGCGAUGUAGUACGCAUUCACGAGCUAAAAAAUCGUUAUGCCGUUCGCGACAUCUACAACAUGGACGAAAUAUCCUUCUUCUGGAAACUCACCCCCAAACGCAUUAUUAGAAAAAAUAAUGUUGCGGGUGUUGAACGAAACAAAGCAUUUGUCACUGUGACGAUUUGCUGUAACGCCGAUGGAACAGAGCGUUUGCCUUUAUGGAUCAUUGGAUAUUCCAAAGAACCAAGAGCUUUUCGGGCUGCCAAAAUUCCUCCUCAUAAUUUAAAUAUAAUAUGGAGACAUAAUGGGGUAGCCAUGAUGAGCGACUCCAUCAUGGAAGAAUGGCUUCGAUGGUUUGAUUCUCAAAUGGAAGGCAGAAGCGUACUGUUAUUGCUGGAUACUUCCAGUGUCCACCAGACAAGUAUAGAAAAUAUCAGAAAUUCUAAAUAUCCUCUAAAUAAUGUAUUGGUUGUCCUAUUGCCUCCGAAUAUGACAAGCAUAUCUAAUCCUUGCGAGCAAGGUAUCAACAAAACUUUUAAGGCUCAUUACCGUCGGUUUUGGAUCUACGAUAUUCUUCUGAAAACAGAAAAAGACAUUAAUCCUUUGCAUUCUGUAAACAUACUACAAGCUGUUCGCUGGAUGGUGGAUAUAUGGGACUAUCAAAUAGAACCUGCUACUAUCGCUGGAUAUUUUCGUCGCUCUGGUGUGCUGGGCCCAUUACUAGAGGCAGAACCAGAACCCUUUGAAACUUCACGGAUAGUUUCUCAAUUACAGCAGACUGUUUCUAGAUUUGAUCCUCAGAAAACUGCCGACAUUGAAAACUUCAUCGAUCCUCCUGAAGAAUUAAGUCAAGACCGAAACGGACAGUUGGUUAGUCAGAUUGCAGCUCAAUUUCUUCCUGAUCGCGAUUUUGAAACAGACGAAGAUGAAAUCAUCGAGCCAAGCGUCUCACUCAAAGACGCAUCAAAAGCUUUGGAUGUAAUCCUAAAGUUCGAACAGCAACAAGAUUUUGGUGAUCUUAAUUUCAUAAAGACACUAAAUGUGUACAAAAAAUCCCACAAUAUAAAAAUCGAAAAGUCCUCAAAAAUGGAAUUCAUCAAUUCACUUUUUUGA